UCGAUCGCUUUAAUUAUACACAGAUGACGUCGGUUUGAUAAGGCUAUUUCCGCGGAAUUUUAAAAAAUAUAUUAUUUAAGCUUGUUUUUGGGUUAUUGCUUGCCACCAUAAAUGUACUUAAUUCAAAUACUCCGGGCAACACCGCUUGGGCAUUAUAAAUGAAUUAGUAAAAUAAACCCAAACAAAUAUUUAGUUCAUAAUUUUUUUUUUUUCGCAAUUCAUAUUAUUGAAACAUGCAACCUGGAAUUCUCAUAAUCCUAACAUUGACUUUAUAUGUAUGUUACUAUCGUAACUAAUCAAUAGUACUCAGUUUAUCAGUUCACCAGUCGGUUCAAUGGACGGAUAAUACGAAUCUGAGAUCUUGGUAAACUUUUCUCUUUCUCUGUGUACGUUGCUGUUUCGCAUUUUGACAGUUGACAACGUGAUUGGCAGGUACAACGUUUGACAUAACCGUUCGUUUGUAAAUUGUUUGUUGGUUUGAAGUUUGAACUUGUAAAAAGUUUUUAACGCUUCAAGUUUGAAUAAAUAUGUUGAUCCUUAACUUAAAAACAUAUUCAAGCCAUUAUUCAUAAUGAUAAUAGUGAUUAAUCAAUUGUUUCUUUAAAUAAUUUGUAAACAUGACUUCUAAAGUUGAUGCGCUUAAAACAAACGAAUUUCUACGACGGCGGAAGCUAAGAUUACAACAGGUAAGAGAACAGUCAAAGGACAUAGCAAGAAAAAUCAGACAACGCGCAAAACUUGAAAACGUACGGAAUCUUGACAGUAUUGAUGCAAAGAAAGAAAAAGAAUACUUGGACUGCCAAGAGAAAUUAGUGAAACAUUUGGAAUUUUUAUACUCCAAGGGAAUACAAAAUGUUGGAACUAGUCACAAAGAUGCGUUAGAGGUCAAAGAUCAAGAUUGUGCUAAGAAAGGAGAUAUAUCCAAAUUACGUGGGAAAGAAGCAACAGAAGCAUUAAGGAAGAAGAAGCAAGAAAAAUUAGAUGAACAAAAAAAACUUUUAGAUAGAAAAUUACAAGCAAGGGAAACAGCAAAUGGAAUAAGCAGAGAAAAAUCAGCAGCAGUUUCUAAAAGUUUGACAAAGCAGUCAUCUAAAAAAUGUGAUGAUAUUCCUAGUAAACCUAUUACAUCUGAGAGUAUCGAUCAGAACCUAGAAAACAAAGAAGAUAACAUUGAUGCAACAAAGAAUGAUAUGGGUACACAAUGGGAUUCUGAAGAAUUGCCUAAUGAAUGGGUACCAAAUGUGCCUGUUUUAUCCUUACCAAAAGAUGACAGUGUUAAAGAAUCUCUCAUUCCAAAUUCAGAGAAAACAGACAAAAGUAAAAAGGUCAACUUAUUUGCUUUAAGUGAUGAAAUGCCCUCAAGUUUACGUGGUGGACUCACUGGUCUCACUGACAACCCAGUUCCUAUGAAACCCUCCUUAACACUUGUAUCAGAGUACUUGCAAAAUAGAAAUCUAAGGUUGCGACACACUGAACCAAGCUCAAGUAAGAAAGCAGAUGAUUUACAAAGUAUAAAGCAAACAAUUCUACGUACUAGAGCAACUAGAACAGACGGUAAUGUAUUUGAUAAUGUUUGUCAUGUACUUGACAGACAGGUAAUUCCUGUUCCAUCUUGGCAAGCUGAGGAGUUUAGUUUAUGUACGCAACAUUAUGAACAAAGCUAUUGUUUCCAUGGACUGCACAAAUCUGUAACUAGGCCACCCGUAAAUAAAUUUCCCAGUUCUCCAAUAUCUUUGCAAAGAAAUUCACUAUCUAGUUCUACACUGAAAGAACAACAUUUCCAAAAACAAAAUGUUACUUUAAAGGGAACCUGUAAACAGACAGGAAGCAAAGACAAAUCAUCGCAAUCAACUGAACCAAACACUAGUCUUAGUAGGAAAAAAUCUAUAACAGUUUAUAACCAUAACACAAGAAAUAUACAGGACAGGCCGUGCGGCGACGAAAGACUUGUCUCACGCGACGAUAAAACAGAGGAAGAUGCAUAUGCUCAAGCCUUAAAAGAAACAACUAUUAAAAACUCCAUAGAGAAAGAGCAAUUAAAUAAACAACAAAAGCAUAUUAGGACGAGAGUUGCAAUGAAUAAAAAUAAUGUAGAUAAAGAAUACAGGGACACACUAGCCUUUCUGAAUUCUCUUGGAAAAGACAAGCCCGAAAAACCCAUAAAAACAGCAUAUAUGGACGAGCAUCAUCAGCAAUUGCAAAAUGAGAGACAUCAGAGAAAACUUCAAGAAGAAUUUAAAAAAAUUGAAAAGGAAUGUUCUAAACACAACUGCAAGCAUUCUAAAAGAAAAUCGACAAUAUCUGAAAAUCAAAGAAACAAAACAAGGUCACCAAUGCAAAGGGAAAUGAGACAAGACUUUGAAUAUUCCUGGAUGCCAGUUCCUGAAAGCGACGGCAGCCUUGCUGUCCACACCAUUCCUAACACUAACACUAGAAACAAAUCUGGAAACACUGUGAAAUUCAGCCAAGCUGACAGUUAUCAUGAAUACAGAUCAAGACACAAACAUACGCCUCCAACAAAAGACGUGAACAAUGAAAGACAACGCAAGGUUGUGGAAACAGUUAUUCUUCGAGAAACUGAAGAUUCUGACGCCAACGAAUCAUCAAGCACAUCUGAAACUAGCUCAGUUGAAAACCUAAACCUUGAAAAAGAUAAAACUAAUGAUGAUUCGAGACUCAAAGAUGGUGAGAGAAUUAUAAUUUACAAGAUUCUAGGAGCAAAAAAAGAUAAGAAAAGCAAGGAGCACAAAAAAGAUAAGUCCACAAAAUUGGCAAAUUCUGUAAAUUUUGAAACAGAUGAAGUUAGUAAAAACGGUGAUGUAGUAGGUUCAGAGGACAAAAAUCAUAAUAAUAGAAACAAAGAAAAAUCUGCAGGCGACAUACAAAGAGGUGUUUCCUUCGAAAAACUUCAAGAAGGUGUCUACGAAGCUGUAAACCAUAAUGGGGACAAUGUUGCUUCAAUGUACUUCACAGAAGGUUCAAACGACAACAAAUGUAAAGUUCAAAGCCAAAAAUGUAAUAAUCCUGGACUGUGCCGUUGCUGCAGUAGGAACAAAGAUAUUAAAGAUGGCGGUAACAAUGUAUCCGGAUAUUUUCAAGAAUCCUCUAGUUGCAAAUGUACUAGUACUAAAAAGAUAGAAAAUUCCAACUUCCCCCAACCUUCGGCUGCUACAUCUACUACUUCAUAUACCACUGCUUUUAAUGACAAAACUAACUAUCGAGAACCCGAGAGUGGCUUUGUUAAGCUUUUAGAAGAAGAAGGACAAGAUAGCAAUAAAUUUUACGUAGGUGCUUCUGGUUUCUUAAAAGAUGAUAACUAUGAAGUUGUGAUACAGCUAAGAAAGAAAGAUACCGAAAAAGUUAAUGAUAUCGUCAAAAACCAAAUGCCACAUACGAAACCUGUUAAGGCUUUGGACGUAGAAGGGAUGGAAGACAAUGUACUACAUAAGGCACAUUCUAAUAAAAGUGGAACUGAACGUUCCACAUCACCAAUAAAAGUAGCAACAAGUUCUGAAGCAAGUAAUACAGUAUCUAGCAUUCAACAUGUUGGCAAUGAACAGUUCGUGGAGGCAGGACAUGGAGAUAUUGAAAUACCAGAAGAACCAAAUAAAGAUUCACAGUUGAAAAAUUUGCGUGAGCAAGCAGUGCAUACCUCUUUUCAUGAUGAUUUUGCUGUUCCUGCUAAUGUGCCUAAAACAGAUUCAAUAUCAAGACCGGGUACUUCUACAUAUACUCAAACUUCAUUUAACUCAUCCAUGCCAAGACCAACCUUUAUGCAUAUGAGUUCUUCUACAUCUACAGCAUAUAUGAGCCCACCUGAAUUAAUUUUACCAAAAUGUUUGAAACAAAAUUAUCUUAUUACUAAAGAAGAACUCUACGAAUCAGAAAAUACAAUGAAUCAAUUGGAUUCAAAUUUUGAUGUAAUAGGAAGUGAUCAUUGUAAUGAAUUUAUUGACUGCAGAUGUAGAACUUGUGAGAAAUAUCCAUCAAAGACACCCCCUAACACUGCUCGAAGUAGCAAAGAAAGUUAUGCUGAUAAUGGUACAGAAACAAAGAAACACAAAUACAAAUGUCACAAAUGCCGAAGCCGUAGUGACACUAAUAUUUGUUUACACAAAACUCAUAGAAAGAAAUCUAACGCCAAAAAAACAAGAUCAUCAAGAGAUUUACUAUCUGAAAAUGAUUAUCCAAUGAUUAAAGAAUCAACAAAUAACAACAUUAUAAAUGCACCGUGUAAUAAACGCAUUAAAGCAGAUAAAAUUAACCCUAUCGUAAAAAAUUAUGUCAAUAAACUUUUGGCUCUUAACAAUGAAGGACUAAAAGCCAUUGAUAUCAUUAAUCAAGACUGCAGUGCAGUAACUACCCCCGGUAGCUCUUUUAUUAAUUUACCAUGUAAUAGGAACAAGGAUAAAUCAACUUUUGAACGCAAAAUUUCUCUGGAACAAAUAAAAAAAUGUCUUAAACAACAGAUUUUAAAAGAUAGUAAUAUGAUAGAAACCCCUUCUUUAAAUAGUGCUAUUAAAACUAAAAGAAAAAACGAAACUGAAAAUAAAACGGUACCGACAAACACGCAAAAUUGUUACAAAUUUCCCAAAACAAAAUCAUUGCAUAAAGUUAAAUCAUUAAAUAUUUCCAAACACAUAUUAAAGAAAAAGAAACCAUCUGAUUCUAAUAUAUCAAGUCGUCGUUUAAGAAAAACUGCAACUUCUGUCUCUUCUUCGACAUCUGAAUAUAAUAAAUUGCCACGUACUGAUAAACAACGACUAAUUAGCAAUCGGAUAAAAAUUUCUACUACUCCAAGAAAGUUUACUUAUUCGCAAUAUAAAAAUAGUACUAGUUCUGAUAUUGUUAAUAGUAAAUCAUGCAAUAGUUCAGGUAGAAAUACUAAAGAGAUUAUUAACACUAAACCAUGCAAAAGUACCAUGUUCGUAAAAUCUCAGCAAAAGAAAGAUUUCAAGUUAUCAUCAAAUAGAGACAUUAGGACUACUUUUUCAUCAGACUCUGGUGCUAAUGGUGCAAUCUUUAGGCAUUUACAACCUCCACAACCACCGGUACAUAUAUCAACUCAAACAAAUGGCAUUAUUGAUACUGAAAUACAUUUCAUGAAAGUUGCUGAAGAUAAAUUGCAAAAUAUGGAGAAAAUUGCUGAUUUAACUGAAAAAUGCACUAAACGUUUAUCAAACUUGGCUAAAGUUCUAGAAGAAGUUAGGAGAAACAAGUCUUUAGUAUACAGUCAGAUUUCUACAUCAGACUCUUCACCAGAAGCCGAUAAAAAUGAGCUAUCAACCGAAAUUUCUGGACAUGUUUCUGAUCCUAACCUCAAAACUCAAAGUAAGGAAAGUGUUCAUAAUUUGACUUCUUUGAGUAUGCCGGAAAAAUUGGACAGCAAAUAUGUAGAUUUCACGUCAAUUUUGAAAGAUAUCCCUAAACCAGGCACAUUUGUGGAGCCCUCAGGUUCAACAAUGAACAUAACUGAAAAAUUAACUAAAGUACAUACAGAAUCCGAAAAUAUGAAAACUAGGGGAAAGCCACCGCCUGCGUUGUCUCGUAUGCAUUUAAAAUGUGGACAAGAUGUGCACAUAAUUCCACACGAAUUGUCGACAGUUAUUGAAGUAGAUUCUCCUAUGAGUAUGAGACUUAAAAGUUUGCCUUCCCAACCAGAAAGUAAAUUGGAAGUUCUGGAAAAAUCGGAUCCCUCAUUGAAUGAAAGCAACAAAAGUAGUAGUAUGACAGCCAAGAAAGUAACUAACAAAAAUCCAGUGGAUCCUGAUUUGCUAAAAAGUAAUAUUCAUUUAUCCAGACGACUGCCUAAGGUAUCGUCGACCGAUUCUUCAGAUGAUUCUAAAACGCGAAUGAUGGAUAUGAAAAAGUUUAAUGAUAUCAUGCUAAAGCCUUUUAUUAGCUUAAAAGAAUAUACAAAACAAUGCAAUAUUGUAUUAGAUGAAGGUUCUAAUCUUGAAGAUGUUAUUAAAGAUGACUUAAUAAAUGACGACUUAAGUUCUCUUCAUUCAGAUGGCAGCUUACCGGAUGUGAUUGCGGAAUUAUUGAAAAGAAAUAUAAUAAGUGAGCCUUUUAAAUUUGACACAGGUUCAAACGUUAAUUCAACAACAGUGUCAUCAGAAUCAACUUUGUCAGUUUUAGCUUUGUCCAAACCACGAAAAGAAAAAAAGAAAGCUGCUUUAUUUCUGCGGAAUAAAGAAAAUAUAGCAGAGACUUCUGAAACGUUAAGUUUAUCGUCUAACCCUGAUUUAGAGAACGCUUUUCAAAAGCUUGGUAUGGGUUGGGCUUCGUCAACUUUAAAGAAAACAAAAGAGAGAUUGGCUUUAUCAUCAUCUUCUAAUACCUCUAGUUCCAGUAUGACACGGUUUAAAAUUAAAAAUUUUAGCCAAGAUUUACCCAAUUUAGCUACUGAUUCGACUUCAUCUUUGCUUGAAGUCUCAAAUAAACGUGAGGAGAAAAAAUUAUAUUCGCCUGGAAAAUAUAACAUGGAAGAAGUUUCUAAGAACGCUGUUCAGCAAACUUCACUCACAAAUUCUAUGACUGUUAAAGAGUUUCUUAAGAAUGAACUAGCGAAAAAAAUUACUUUUAACAAUAAAUCAACCAGAAAGGGUGAAGAGGAAUUUGUUUCUUUAUAUGAAACUAAAUUGCCUGAAGAGAUGAAACAUAAUAAUAUAGAAUUUGGAGAGGAACAGUUGAGUGCUACUAGUGUUAACCACAAUAGGGCACGAACUUCAACGCCAGUGCAAAUAUUUAAAUCUAACACAUAUCAUUCAACUUCUACUUCAAAUACUUCGAAUGGUUUUUUCAGUAAUGCCGACGACUUAUCUUCCGUGAAAGUGACUUCCUCCAUACGCAACCAUUCCACAUCUGACAAAGAUGAUUUAACCAUUCCAAAUUACAGCCUGAAAACAAAAAAAGGGCAUUCCGAUUGUAGUAAAAGUGAUUAAUGUUUUUAGGUAUGUUAUUUAUUUAUGUAUUUUUUAUGAAAUUUAUAAAAGCAUGUUACUUA